AUGCAAAAUAAGCACGCCCAUUCACACAAACGUACGAUCGAAGCCAUGAAAGAAAAAUCAAAAAAUGCUGCCCGAAGUCGACGAGAAAAAGAGAAUGCUGAAUUUUUUGAAUUAGCCAAAUUAUUACCAUUACCACAUGCCAUUACCGAUCAAUUAGAUAAAGCGUCAGUAAUUCGAUUAACAACAAGUUAUUUGAAAAUGAGAGCAAUCAUUCCUGAAGGACUUGGAGGUGUCUGGGGAAGUCGAUCAAAUUCACAAACAUAUAUUGAACGAGAAGUUAAUUCACAGCUAGCACAGAUUUUGGAUGGAUUUUUAUUUGUUGUUGGUCCAGAUGGAAAAAUUAUGUAUAUAUCGGAAACGGCAUCAACUCAUUUAGGGCUAUCUCAGAUUGAAUUGACUGGGAACAGUAUUUAUGAAUAUAUUCAUCCAAUUGAUCAUGAAGAAAUGGCAACAGUAUUAACAGCACCAUUACCAGCAUAUCCGUAUAACAGUUUUCAAGGAGAAUAUGAAAUGGAACGUUCUUUCUUUCUUCGUAUGAAAUGUGUUUUGGCUAAACGUAAUGCCGGUUUAACAUUGAGUGGUUACAAAGUGAUCCAUUGUAGUGGCUAUUUAAAAGUCAAACAAUUUAGCUUAGAUGCAACAUGUUAUGAUGGAUGUUAUCAAAAUGUUGGACUUGUGGCAUACGGUUAUUCGUUACCAAGUUGUUCAAUUACAGAAAUUAAAUUGUUUUCAAACAUGUUCAUGUUUCGAGCUAGUCAAGAUUUAAAAUUAAUGUUUCUCGAUUCUAGAGUUUCACAGAUAACCGGUUAUGAACCAAAUGAUUUAGUUGAUAAAACACUCUAUCAUUAUGUGCAUACAAAUGAUCUGAUGGCUCUACGAUGGGCACAUCAAAUUUUACUUAGUAAAGGACAAGUAACUACACGGUAUUAUAGAUUUCUUGCAAAAGAUGGUGGAUGGAUUUGGUUACAAAGCUACGCAACAUUGGUUCAUAACAGCCGAUCAUCUCGCCCGAAUUGCAUUGUCAGUGUUAAUCACGCUCUAACUGAUAUCGAAGCUAAACAUUUGCAUCUUUCAAUUAAUCAAAUUGAAAAAAGAUCAAAUGAUCCUUAUCAGUCACCAGUAAAUGGUGCUGAAAAACUAGCUAAUACAAAUUCGUCUAGUCGAACUUUGAAAAUAAAAUCUCGACCAAAACAGCGUAAAUCACCUUAUCCGUCAACUUCGACAAAUGCAUCAUCAACAACGACCAUGCCAUUGACAACAACAACAACAACAACAACAACAACACAACAACCAUACGGUUUUAAUUUAUUGCAAGAUGAUAGAAGUUCAUCUCCGGUCGAGGAUUAUAAUUCAGUUGUUGGAUGUUACAAUGAUGAACUCUUUUUUGCACCUUCUUCGACUGCUUAUCCAUACGCAUUUUAUAAUGCAGCUGCUGUAGCGUUGGAUAGUCGUUUGCGAGUUGAAGCUUCCACUACAGUCUAUCCAACAGAUCAUCAUUACAACAAUUAUACAAACGAUGAUAAAUGUGCUGUAGCAGCAGCUCUAUCUUCACCUGAAAAAACUAAAUUAAGUGGAUGUAGUGGAACUCAAAUUGUGUACGAUACACCACAUCGUUUGUGGACAGACUCGUCUGCUAGUAAUUAUUUAUCAUAUAAUGACGAACCAGGAUUGAAUUGUGUUUCAUCAACACUAAAAACAUUAAAUUCCACGUCUCGUAAAAAGCCAAUGAAACAAUCUCCAAAUCAUUUUGAAACAACAACAACCAAUCGACUUCGUUCAAUCAAUACACGUGGUUCAGUAACAGAUAGUCAUAUUAAUACACCCUAUUGUACGAAUAGAAAUAACUCAGCCAUAGUAUCACCAAAAAAAGUUCAUUUAAGAUUAUCACAUAAUGAGUGUACAAAAUCAACUCCAUCCCAAUCAUCAUGUAUAACACAAACAGAUUAUCAAAAUACAAAUAAUUAUAAUAAUAAAAUAUCCAAAUUUAACAGUGAAUUAUUAACAACAACGUCAUCUUCAUCAUCUUCCACAUCACCAACGAAUGGUGGUCUAUAUCCAAAUUGUUAUAAAUUUGAUAAUUCUUAUUCUGAUCAAUUACAAAAUCCAAGAAGAUAUAGUAAUUAUGAUCAAACAAUUGGUUAUCAUCAUACAUCUGUUAUUGUCGAUAGUCAACAGUAUUUUAUGAAUGGAUAUGGAACAGCAUUUUAA